AUGGCCACCAAAUACAGUUUGCCCAAGGGAGGCUUCAGUUUUGAAAACUACGCAAGAAAUAAGGCAUUGGAAACUAAGGGUGUGCGACCCCCCAAGGCAACCAGCACUGGUACAACGAUCGUUGGUGUCCUCUUCAAGGAUGGUCUUUGUCUCGGUGCUGACACGAGAGCAACUGAAGGUCCCAUCGUGGCUGACAAGAACUGCGAAAAGAUUCACUACAUUGCACCCAACAUUUAUUGCUGUGGUGCAGGCACAGCUGCUGAUACCGAAGCUACCACCAACUUGAUCAGCUCCCAGAUUGAAUUACACAGCCUUUCCACUGGAAGAAAGCCACGUGUCGUUACUGCCAUGACCAUGUUGAAGCAAAUGUUGUUCAGAUACCAAGGACACAUUGGUGCUGCAUUGGUGUUGGGUGGUUUUGAUGCUACUGGUCCUCAUUUAUAUACGGUCUAUCCUCACGGCAGCACCGAUAAGCUUCCCUACGUCACUAUGGGCUCGGGUUCGUUGGCUGCAAUGAGUGUCUUUGAGAGCAGGUGGAAGGCUGAUAUGACGCGUGAGGAAGCUAUUGAACUCGUCAAGGAUGCUAUUGAAGCCGGUAUUUUCAAUGAUCUCGGUUCCGGUUCCAAUGUGGAUGUGUGUGUCAUUGAAAAGGACAAGACCGAUUACUUGCGAAACUAUGCACGACCCAAUGAGCGUGGCAUCAAGGAGCAGAGCUACAAAUACCCCAGAGGAACUACUGCUGUAUUGAAACAAUCCAUCACCAACUUUGUUGAUGUAUCAGAGGGCGAUGCUAUGGAUCUGUCAAUGUAA